CGCUUCUGCAUUGCUUUAGGUGUAAUCUUACAGGUAUAAUCGACAAGGAGGGAGCCAAAUGGCAGCGACCAGCGUAGUGGCAAUUCCGGCCACGAUACGCGACGAAUCGCUCCAUAAUCUCCCGGUGAAGAUUACAAGCAAUGCGACUGCGGCACAGCUUAAGGACCAAUGGAUACAAGAUGGAGAUGCAGAUACACAGCAAGCUUUCCUGCGAGGACGGUUGCUGCGAGGCGCAACGGUGCCGCUGCCCGAGGGUUACAGGGGGCUCUUGGUCCGCUCUAGCGGCUCCCAGAUCAGCUCAGAUGAAUGCCAGCGCCACUGGGCGGCUUCUUCAGCGUUUAGCUCCCUCACGUUGUGGUCGCACGACGUAACACCUGGUCCAAGCGACCCCAUGAGAAGAGCCCUGGAGUGGUGUGCGCUAUCGAACCGGGUGCAUGCACAGAUCAGCCCGGAGGAGGUGGAGGAAGAGUUGCGUGCUAUCCAAUCUGCGCCCGUAUCCGCCCCGCAAUGAAGGGUCUGUGAAAGGGCUGGAAGAGGGGCUCCCAUUGUCUCGCACGCUGAGUCCAGGCAGCUUUCUUGUACUGGCGAUAGCGAUUAAUUCUGCUUUCGGUAAACACAGCGAUGUGCGUCCGGUUCCUAUUGGGCACAAGCCGAUACUGCGGCGCGUAGUGAGGUUUAUGGAGCGACGACGAUCUUUAACUGUGUCCACUGUGACCUUUGUUCAGUACGUCAUGGCGUAUGGAUACAGUUGCAUGUGGGUUGUC